CAUGAUGCACUGUGGGAUUGCAGAAUAUUGACAUAGCAACCAGGCGACAUAGCCGCGGAGUUUUCUCUGCCUGUGUUAGAUUUUGCAGUCUCUUCUGCGUUUGAACUCGUUAACCGCACUGUGUCGAGUGCUGCCAUGAAUGGGGCAGUUGUAAAAAAGACCCAUGACACAUUGGGCAAGGUGAUAAAGAAACCGCCUCUCACAGAGAAACUGCUAACCAAGCCACCGUUUCGAUACCUACACGACAUCUUCAGUGAGGUUAUCAGGACCACUGGUUUUAUGAAAGGCCUGUAUGGAGAAAAUGAAAUGAAGUCUGAUAACGUUAAGGAUAAGGAUUCAAAGAUAGUCUUCCUCCAGAAAGCAAUAGAUGUGGUGAUGCUGGUGAGUGGCGAGCCUCUAGCAGCAAAGCCAGCCCGCAUUGUAGCCGGCCAUGAGCCUGAGAAAACCAACGAGCUGCUGCAGGCCAUGGCCAAGUGCUGUCUCAACAAGUUAUCCAGUGACGAUGCAGUAAAGCGAGUGCUUUCAGGAGAAAAAGUGGACAUCAAGACCAAGGCCAGCACCUCCAGGUCCCAGGACAAAGAAAAUAGAGAGGGAAGUGAACAGCAUCUUGAUAGAGAGGAUAAAAAAAGGAUAACAGAGCGCAGUGGGAGUCGGGACCAAAAGGACCCAGACCCGCCCAAAGAACAGGAGGGCCAUCGCAGAGAUGGAGAGAAAGAACGCCAUCGAGACAGAGAACGCUCUGACAAGCACCACCGCAGUGAACAGGACCACCAUGCCAAAGAUCGGCACAAAGAGAAGAGCCGUGACAGGGAUCGAGACAAGGAGAAAGACAAAGGGCGAGUCAAAGACAGGGAAAAGGAGAAAGACAGAGAGAGGGAUCGAGACAGAGAAAAAGACAAGGAGAGGGACAGAGACAGAGAAAAGACGAGAGACAGAGAUUCUCACAGAGACCGGGAAAGAGACAAGGAAAAACGAAGAGACAGAGACAAGGACCAGGGCAAGGACAGAGAGCAACACAAACAUGGGGAAGAGAGAAACAAAAAUGGAGACAGUGGCAAUAGCAAGGUGAGAGUGUCAGAGGAGCCUCAUCAAGGCAACCAUGAAGAACCGAGCAAAACAGCCAAACCUGUGCCUGCACCAGUAGAAUCAGCUGAGAACCAGUCUGAUAGUCCAGCUAGAAUACCUCGGCCAUCAUCAGCCAAAGGGCAGCGAAGGAGACCCAAAAUAGGAAGUCAAGAUGAAUCUGACAGUGAAGGAGAAGGAGAUGCCCAGUUAGCUCAGAGACCUGUUCCACUGGAAAAUGGAGACACCGCAGUCCCCUCUUCUGAAAUCUCCUCCAGGAGAAUACCACGGCCUAGCAGUGCUCGCCCAGCCCCUCCUCGAGUGAAGAGACAAGAAAGUUCCACUGAUGUUACCCCAGCUGAGAGGCUGUCAAGUGCCAAGCCCUCCGCACCAGUCAUCAUAGACGGAAAGAGGCUGUCUGAUGAUGAUGAGGAUGAAGAUGAGCAAUUUGUCGUGGAGGAGGCAGCUCCUUUACUUUCAGAUGCUCCUGAGAUGGAGGUGGAGCCUGCACAAGAAAUCAACGGUGAAGACAAACACGGUGGCCUUGUGAAAAAGAUCCUGGAGACCAAAAAAGACUAUGAAUCAUCCCCAUCCUCCCCAAAAUCUAAAGAACAGAACGUGGUGUCCGAAGCAGCACAGAAGAAGGAGCGGGACAUGGUGACGCGAGAGAUAGAGCGGCUCCGCUCAUCCAUCCAGACGGUGUGUCGCAGCACCCUGCCUUUAGGUAAGAUCAUGGACUACAUACAGGAGGACAUGGACGCCAUGCAGGCUGAGCUGAACACCUGGCGGAAGGAGAACAAAGAACACGCACAGGCCUUGCUGCAGGAGCAGAGAGCCACAGACAGGGCAGUGGAGCCUCUUAAGGUAGAACUAACAGAGCUGGAGCAGUUGAUCAAGGACCAGCAGGACAAGAUUUGUGCUUUAAGAUCCAACAUACUAAAGAAUGAAGACAAGAUUCAGAAAAUGGUGACUGGAAUCAACUUCGCCUCCAAAUCCUGAAGUGAGGAACAAGGUCUCUGAUAUUAGAUUUUUGUUUUGGUUUAAAUGCACUGGAGGUUUAGGGGUGAACAAUUUCUUGUUCAUAAGGAUGGAAAGACUUUCCAUUUUCUUCUUGGAGCUAGUGGGACCAAAACACUGCACUUUUAGGGGUUUUGUAAAAGAUGGACCCAAAUGCAUAUCAAACAUAAUCAGUCAGGUAAAGUGAGUAAGUAAAAGCUUUUGCUUUUCCCAAUCUAACGUCUGCCAUGACUGAAGGUUAAAAAAAAAAAAAACCUUCCUUCUCCGCACACUUACCUUACCCCGUCUUUCUCCCUCUUACUGUAACAGUGCCUUUGUGGAAGGAGCUGGUGCACAGCCUGCGACUUGAAUGUUAGACUAGACUAGAUAGAACUAUUUAAUACUGGGUCACUUCAUAAAGUUCAUAUCAUCCAAAUAUAUACAGUAAUAACAUGACAGUCUGUUUUGCUGUACACACAGCGAUCACUGGACACAAUUUUAAACCUAAAUGUUUGUUUUAUUAAUGACCAUUGUGGGAAAAGGUUAUCUAAUGUGUGGCACUUCUUUUAAUUGCCUCACUUCUUAUGUUGCCAGGUAGUAAAGACUAUGGAAUAAGUCGUUACUGAACAAAAGGGUACAAAGCAGGCUUUACUGUUGUGGUGAUCAAUGCAUGUGCUUUAAUGCUAUUGGACUAGCUACAACACCAUUAUUCAACUCUCGCACAUGCUAACAAUGUGACAUUUAGCUGGUUGAUUAGAGCAGGAAAGUGGCUUCAUGGAUGGAAAUGUAAACUUUAUAAUUGGGGCUUGCAUUCUUCCUGAAACCUUUUUCAUGUCAUCUUUUCUUUUUCUUCCAAAGGCGCUUACACAUGAUCAGCAGUCAAACAGCUCGGUGCUUGCUGUUGAGUAAUUUUCCUUUGGGGAUACUAGUGACACCCAGGUAGAUGGUUGUGCUUGAUGUGGUAAAGCACUAGUGAUAGUAACAGAUUAUAUGUUUUUGUCUUAAACCUCCUAUCUUAUUAAAUAAAACACACAUAUAUCAUAUGGUAUGGUACUUUUAAGGAGAAGUAAGUGUAUGUCCCCUCACUUACAGAACAGCCACCAUUAUGACGAUCUCCACACAAUGUUUGUUCUGCAGGAUAUGCCACUCUGUUUUUGUUUUUGUUUUUGUUUGUUCAUUUGGGUUGGGGGGGAUUAAGGAAACUUUCUGUCGGAAGAUGACUCUUUGUGAGUAACCCCAACUCUUUAUAGAUUUAGACAAAAAAGAACAUUAUUAUAUUAGCUUAUUUUUGGAUUAUAAGAAUUUGCUUAACAGAUGUAGCUUGUAUGAAAAUUUGAAGCAAUACUUGACGGAUAACUUCAGUGAAUGAUUGGAGAUGGAAAAGUGAGUCUGAAAGUCACAGUUUUCUUCACAAUCCCAAUAACUCCAUCAUACUGUUGUGAAUGAAUUCUAAAGAACACAAGCGAAACUUGUCAGUGUCAUUGAGGCCCUUCUCACCUUCUUGAAAAUGCAGUCCCCGUUGUUUAGUUGUUAGUCUAAAAUCUACUUUAAAGUCUGUGAGUACUUUAAAACUGCAGUUGCUACCUCUUUCAGUUCCUCUGCAGAUUUGUGUCCCAUGAGAUGAUGACUGCCGUUGUUUACAGGGAAUUAUUCACAAACACUUGCCAUGACAUCCAGGUUGGAUUGAUGAAUGUAAUCCAGGACUUUCCAAAAUGUUUUUAUUUUUAAAUGUAAUGGAAAGUUGUGACUAAAGUAGUUAAAAUUCUCUGAAUGUGAUAUUCAAAGUCACACAUUUUGUACACAAAUAUGGUUUUCCACUUACAUGGCACUGUGUUUUUCUCCUUUUGAUACAUUUAUUGGAUGAUUUAUUUAAAACCAUAGGCAGGAGCGUUAGAUAACACAGGUUACAAUAUGUGAGGAAGCUGCAUGGCUGGUGAAUUUCAUGAACAAAAUGUAGAACGAGGAAAAGUUCUGCACCCCAAAAUGACACUAAGUGUAAACACUUACACUACAUUUUAAGAACAACUGAGUUAAUGUAAUCAAAGACAACCAGUGGUUACCAGUAGGCAGACUUUUGUAGGGUCUGACUUUUUAUUAAGAGGAACUCUGUUAUAGACUUGUUAAAUAAAAUGCUCUCAGUUUUGUUAGAUAUUUACUAUCUCAGUUCAACAGUCAAACUGUACUCUUCUUUAGUCUGACUUUACUCCAUUUUCACGUCAGUAUUAUAUUUAGUCCAUCAAAUAUAAACGUGAACAGUUUCCAACCCUAUAUGUUCAAUUUUGAGAAUCUUAAAAGAAAACUCCUGGAAAGGUGAGAACUUGUAUGUUUAAUGUGUCUGAUAUAAAAGCACUAUUUACACUGUAAACAAUUUGUAUCAUAUCCUCUGUUUGUCUUUAAAGUGUACAUAAUGUAUAUGUGAAGACUGUAUCAUAGCUAAAUGAUUCUAUAAUUUUGUAGUGGAGUGAAAUAAAUGGUUACAUUUCAAUAAUCA